CGCGCACCGUCACUUCCAAUCAACGUCUUUCAUCAAUAGGUCAUAAAACCCCUCAAUCUUCUACACCAUUCGUAUACAAUAUUCUUGCAAGCGCUAUUAGAAAGAUUUCUUCAGCUAUCUGCUAUCCACUUAUGAGACGAAACAAGAACACGAUAGCCAGUAAGCUCCGUUGCCUAUAAUGGAAUUCCGAAUAAUGGAGUUGCCUACAAUGGAUGGAUAUGUCAGCAGCGGAAGCAGCCUACAUCCGCCUACUAAAAAUGUAUCCAAAGAGAUUACAGAGGUUGAUAAAGCUGGUCAGAUCCAACGACGAUGGAGGCACAAACAUAACGGUGUACCUAUUGAGGUCCCUCUACCAAACAGAUCCAACGGCUUCUUCUCACGAUCUAUCCGCGAUUGGAGAAAAGCCGUAGUUGAUUCCUUCCUCCCCGUCGGGUUUCCCCAUUCCGUAUCUGAAGACUACCUCAGAUACCAAACCUUUGACUCGCUCCAAGCGUUCUUCUCGACGAUUUCGUCGCUGCUCGCCAGCCGAGCGCUACUCCAAGGGUUAGGCGUGGGAGACGCAUCAUCUUCAGCAACGUUUGCAAUUAUCCUCACUGUCAUGCAAGAUGCCAUGUCCCGCAUUACAACUAUUGUCUUUGCCCACAGCUUUGGUUUACACAUCGAGCCAGAGGCCAAGAGGUUUCGCUUCCUUGCGGAUCUGUUCAACGACUCUGCAUUCUUCCUCGAGCUUUACAGCCCAUACCUCAGCUCCGAAGGCAAAGUCAUUACUCUCAGCAUCAGCCAAGCGCUGCGAGCACUCUGUGGUGUAUCUGCUGGUGCUUCCAAGGCAGCUUUGAGCGUACAUUUCGCGAGAUCUGAUAACUUGGCCGAGUUGAACGCCAAAGAGGCCAGUCAGGAGACAGCCGUUGGGCUUGUUGGGCUGCUAGUAGGCACUCUGGUUGUGAAGACUGUUGAAGAUCACACAAGCGUUGUCUGUCUUAUGGUUCUCUUGGUAUUUGCCCACCUGUGGAUGAACUACCUUGCCGUUCGUGCUGUCGGAAUGAACAUCUUGAAUAGGCAGCGAGCUACCAUUCUGUUCCACGAAUACCUCAGAACCCAGAAAAUCCUGACCCCAUCGCAGGUAGCCAAACGGGAGAGCAUUCUCUUCUGGUCCCCCGUUGUUCCUAAUAAAUUGGGCCAGCCUGUUGCCAAAAUCGAAAUUGCCAAAAGCUACAAGAGUGCCAUGGCAAAUGGCACAUACCGCAUCGAUGCCAUCCCAGAGAAAGCCUACAAUACCAUCAUCUGCGAUCGACCCAACAGCCAGAUCCGCCCUAUUCGCAUUCUGCUCUACCAUGGGAUAAGUUCACAGGAAAUAAUUGGGGCGUGGCUCAAGGCCGUGGAUAUCGCCUGGGAAAUGGACAAGACGAGAGGCUUUGACGAGGCUCUUGGUGAUCUGUUCUAUGAAACGACAGAUCGCUCCUACAACUUCCGACGCCUGCAUCUGUCUUUUUGGAAUGCUGUGACCCGUGCCGGGUGGGAUCUAAAGUCACAAGCUGUAGAGACGGGUGCACCUGUUCGCUUCCUCAUCAAAGACGCCAAAAAGGACAUGUAAAAGAACAAAACUGAGUAUCACAAUAUGAUGGUUCAUGCAUUUGAAAAAGUUCAGGGGAGAUGUUUUACACGGACUAGUACGUCCAUCAAACGAGUCUAGCUAUACCAAUAAAAUGUACAAAUAUUUUACCAAAGAGAAAAACGAAACGCCUCUAUAAAUGCCCAUACACAUCGUUUUGUCAUCCUCUAAGCCAUGCCAAUCCAGCGCAUUGCGCGCAUCUUGACGCCUUCCAAAGUAUUCAACUUGGGUCUGACAUCCAAAUAAAAGCUCGGUGCAACGUUUCCAUCGGGUCGCCCAGCAUAAAAGUCAAUAACGUAGUCGACGCGCGUACCGCAGCGGUCAAUGAUCCAGUCGUGGCGGUCAAACGGCGCAGUAUAGCCAAGGAGAGUAUUAAAUCGUGCUGUGGGCGUCAUACGGUCAUUCUUGUUCGCGAAAGAUUCGAGCUUAGGUCCGCCACAUCUAAAACCAUCUGUUAGCUUCUGUCUUUGCAUCAUUCAUCCCAUGGUGACCACAUACUUUGACUUGGCGAGGUACGGCUCCUCCCACUUUUUGAUAUGUUCCCAAGCCUUCUCAUUCACAGCAUUGUGAAUAGGCACAACGGUCUUCAUAUCUGUUUCUCUAGCAUCGUAGCCCUUUCUCUUCAUGGCGUCAAAGAACAUCUUCUCGGAUGGGUACACCCAAUUACCCGUUGUGGCGUCCGCGCCAGACUCGAUCUCAUGGUUUGCCGGGUUCGCGGAUGCGCCGUGGUCAACUGGGCAGUCGGGUGAUGAGGACGCUAUGCGAGGAAUAGUAGACACUACGCGAUUUGUGUCGAGGCCGGAUGUAGAUUGGGUCGGCGCAGCUGGUGCUGCUGCAGGGGAGGACCAGAAGUAUGAGCCGACAGUCUCGGACCACGUCUUGGGCUUCGUUUUUGUAUGGUCGACAGGGCAGCUUUGAGGGGGGUGGGCUUUCGCUUUGGCGGCUUCAGCGCCGCGGGCUUGUUCGAGCCAUGCAUCGCGGGUUUUGUGGUCGACCGGACAAGCGUCUGCGGACUUGUCGGCCAUUUUGGGAAUUGUUUUGUGUGUAUAUCGUGUGUUGAAUGGAUAACCGAGGACCCUUAUAUCAGUAUUUUGGCAAAGAAUCGGUGAUUUUUAAUGGUGUGCUGUGUUGAGGGAGAAUGCGCCAAAGAUGAAUGAAUGACCUUGGUGAUGGUCCCUGAACUUUUUUGGUACAGGUGUCGGAACCGGAGUUUUGCCGCAUGACGUACUUGAGCUGUCACUGG